GUGUCGUGGCUUGUAGACCUGCCACCUAGUGUCACUUGAGGAAUGCAGUGGACCAGACACCUGGUGGUAAAUGUAUCGGAUAAAUAUUCGAGGGAGUUCCAGAUGUCUGCCCCUUAUCCAGUAGACCCAAAUAAAGCCAGCGCCCCUCCUAAUCCUGGAUGGGCCUAUCCGACAGCACCAGCCUCAAACCCAAGCUACCCUAGCCAGCCAGGCUAUGCUGUACCCCCAGGUUAUCCACCUCAGCCAUCUGCUGGGUUCCCAUCUCAUCCACCACCACCUUAUACUGCCCAGCCAGGCUUUGGUGCCCAGCCAGGAUUUGGUGGCCAGCCAGGUCCAUAUGCUCAGCCAGUUUACAAUGCUAGUGGUGGGGGAUUUCCUAUUCAAGAUGGUGGCAGAGGAUUUCCUACUCAAGGUGGUAGAGGAGAUGGAGUACCAAAAGAUGAUAUCCUGCCUGAUCAGUUUGGUGGUUCCUUCUCUGAUAAGGCCAUCCGCCACGCCUUUAUCAGGAAGGUGUAUCUCAUCCUGAUGGUACAACUGUUGGUCACUCUGGGCAUUGUGUCCCUCUUCACUUUCCACUCUGGAGUGCGGAUGUUUGUGCAGAAAAACAUCUGGGUAUACUUCCUCUCCUAUGCUGUGUUUUUGGUAACUUACCUCUCGUUGGUUUGUUGUUCUGGAGUUCGUCGGCGGUGGCCAGGAAACUUCAUCAUGCUGGCAAUAUUCACUUUGGCCCUAAGUUAUAUGGCUGGAACCAUUGCUUCAGCCUAUGAGACCACCAUUGUCAUGAUGACUAUUGGAAUAACUUGUGCCAUCUGUUUACUCAUCACACUCUUUGCUACCCAAACUAAGUAUGAUUUCACCGGGUGCGGGAUAUACCUCUUCGUGGCAGCCAUGGUCAUGUUUUUGUUUGGAAUUAUUGCCAUCUUCACUUACAGUAAAAUUCUCUACACCGUCUACUCUGCUGGAAUUGCUCUGCUUUUCUCAAUGUAUCUUGUGUACGAUACGCAGAUGGUGGUUGGCGGACGCAAGCAUCAGAUAUCUUCCGAGGAGCACAUCUAUGGUGUGCUGACGCUCUACUUGGACAUUGUUUACAUCUUCGUCAAUCUCCUCUCUCUCUUUGGCUCCAAGAAUUAGACAUUUUAGGUUUAUCCUUUUCUUUGUUUAAUUUAUAUAGGUGGGAAAGCUUUAAAAUUUGAUUGGAUUGUAGAGUAUAUCCAUUUUAUGGUGAGCUUCAUAUAAAGGUUUUGUAUUUGAGGCAUUCAUAGUUGUCAUCUUUGCUUGGAGAGUUAAUAUCUUAUUCUAACAUGUAUACAGUUGUCCUCUUAUUUUUCUGAUGUUUAGUUUCUUUUUGAAUAUCACUUAAACCAUAUAAAAAUGUGGCUUACUGUAAACCAAUACUUUUUGUGAAGCUCAUGACUAGGAAAACUAAUUUUGUACCUAUAUAAAUUGUUUCUCCAAGCUCAUUAAAUUGCAGUGUAUUGAGUUAAACUAUUAUAAGUUAACCAAAGAACUAGGUUAUUUAACCCUCUAUUGACAAUUUUUGAAACCGGCAUUAAUCAUUCAUUAAUACUCGAGGUAGUUAAAUACAGAAGGCUGAGAGGGUAAUAAUUACUUAUGCCUCUUGAUUGUAAAUUGUUCUUCCAGCAGUGGCUUAAGUUCCAUAGAGCAAGGUACCAAGUCCCUAAAUGUGUUGUUAAUUAUUCUUGAUAUAAUGUUGCUUCCUAAAUCUUUGAUAUUGUGAUGACUGAAGCAUAACAUAGAAUUUGUAUUUGACAUUUAGCGUCAGUCUUGUCUACAGUAGAAGGCUGAUCUUUGUUAAUUCAGUCUCUCAUUUUUGCUGAGCAUGGUAUGAUCAUAGACAAAAAUCAUAUGAUUUGUCUGGUUUCAAAAUAUUCAUCAAGAUCAAAUUCCAUGAUGCAUCAUGGAAACAUCUUUGAAAGAAUGUUGAGUACUUAACAUUUGCAUUUGUAUCUCUAAAACUUUUUUUUUUUUUUUUUUUUUGUUUGCAAUAGAACUAAACUUUGAUGGAUAUAAAGUAGUGAUGUCUUGCACUUAAAGAUUAACUGGUUAGGCUUUCUAUUACCAAGUUAUUGUUUGUUUUAGUGAGACACAUUUGAAUUUGUUACUUUUGUGCAGCAAUUAUUGUAUCGCCAUGUGAUUUUUAUUUUAUUUUAUUUUUGAAAAUGAUAGAAUGUAUACUUAGGUAUAUUUUAAUAAAGCAUUCAAGUUGAUAAAAAGUGAUGUUUAAUGUGUUGAAAUGUUUACAUAGCAGCAGAACUAACUUUUAUUUACUCUUACAUAUAAUGACAAAUUUAUUUUGGUAAUGAUUUGAAAUUUAGAAAACAGCAGUGUAGUAAUGCAUCAUCCUGAAUUGUUUUCAGUAAUAUAUGCAAGCAUUACAUUAUAAUAAAUGGAGUACAGUACUGUAUAUAUGAAAUGUAAUCACUUUAAUAUAGAAGGUAGUGUACACUGCUUAUUAUUGUGGUGGUCCUGUGCUGGCUGCUAUUACUUGCUAACUAUUGUGCUCGUUCGCAUGACUUAAGAAUUGACUGGUUGAUAUUGAUCAUUUAUCAUUGGUUUGAGUAUAUUUGCUUACCUUCCACCAAGUUAAGCUUGUAUUAUUAGAUGAAAGCAAAAUAAUUGAGUGCAAUUGGCUUGUUUACCACCCAACUUAUAAGAUCAAAGUUAAUGUUAGUCAUUCCAUUAAAUAUAAAUUGUGUGGCUGUUUAGAUGGUUCUCGUUUUGCAUAUUUUGAUAUGUAUCUUGUGUAAGGUACAGUAAUAUGCAGGUGUUUAUGCUAGAGUGACUGGCCUGGUAAGUGAUGUGUUGGCUGGCCGGGUUUCAGUUCUGUGCGAGUGUGGCUCGGCUCCUGCAGCGAAUGUGUAUCGAAAUUAUUAUAUAAAAUAGGUUAAAACUUUUUUUUUUUUUUUUUUUUUUUUAGCAAUUAUUGGCUGAGGAUAUUGCUUAUGCUGUUACCAUAUUUUUUUUGUGAAAUGUAUUGUGAACAUAAACUACAGCACCUUUAGUUCGUUAAUUUAUUUACACAUAAAACAGUGGCAGUAUUAUUGAACAUUAAUGUGGUGUUGGGUGAUUGUGAGAGGUAGAAGUGGUAACAAAGCAACUUGGUGAAAGAAACAAUACAUACAGUAGGUGUACGACACGGAGGAGCCAUAACCCAGGAACAUGGAUGCAGUGUGCUUAAAACAUUAGAUUUCUAAAUGCUCUUAAAUUAUCUAUAAUUUCACUAACAGGUAAAUCUAUUUUUACUGAAGUUUUACAUUGUAAUUAUUUAAAUUCAUUUGCUGUUAUAAUUGAGCAUCUCAAUAUCACUUUUGGUGCAAAAAGAGAAGACUGUCUGCAGAUGGCCUGUGUUAGCCCAUGUGAUGCAGAUCUUAUUUAUGGCAACUGCUUCCUGUAUAACUAAAACUCAACUUUAAUGUAAUAUUACCUGUAAUAUUAAAAGAAUAUAUGGACUAUACCAUAGCAUGACUUAUAUCAUGGUUAAUUAUAUCUUCGCAAGGUAUCUGCAUGAGAUUUUUUUUAGAUCUGAUUUAUAUAAAAAAAAUGUUUACCAGUUUUGAGUAUCCAGUUGUUUACUGGACUAUAAGGCUGCAAAAAGUUUAGGAAGGAACUGUGUAUUACCUCCAAGUUUUUUGUCAUGUGUAUAUGUUUGUAUGAUUAGUAUUUAUAGUGACAGCAUUGUGAUAGGUGACAUGCUCUUAAUAAAGUUGUCAACCCAUAAGUUAUAUUCUCAAGAGUUUAGAAAUGGGUCUCACGUGUGAAUACUUGGCAGUAAUGGAAAACCUUGUUGCUAGGUAAUGCAUAUUUAUAAUGAGACUAUUCCAUGUAUACUUUAAUAAAAGUUUUGAGAACAGCUAUAGUGGAACAGUAAGUUGAGAGUAGACUUUAUUAGAGGUAACAUUUUGCCUGCCGUGUCAUCUCUAAUAAAAUAUAAUUUCAGCAGUCUUUAUCGGCUUCGUUCUCAGUGUUUUGAGCCGUGUUCAACUCUGAAGUACGGUUUGUUUAUAUGAUAUUCAUGUUUACAAAGUAUCUAAGUGAGGAUUAACCAUAUUCUGUGUAGCAAAGUGUAAUCUAGUUUUAUAUAACAAUAGGAGACAAAUCUCAAAGCAGGCAUGGAUACGGAUUACUGUUUAAAAGAAUUUAUAAAUAUACCUUUGAUGUUCAGUUCACAAAUCAUAAAAUUAACUCUUGUGAUUGUCUUGUAAUAUUUCUUGGUUGGCAUAUUGCUGCUGGGAUUUGGCAGGUGCUGUUGUUUCACAGAAUCUCUUCACUAUACACCUGAUCAAAUAUCUCAUUUUUUGUCUUGACAUUUUAAAGUCGUAAGAUCCAAUUAUUAUUCUUGAACUAUUUUCUUAGGUAUUUACAGAGGGUGUGAUGACACACGUGUGAUUACUCGGUACUAAAUAAUUAAGAUACAGUAUGGUACAUCAGAAUUGCUACGAUAUGCAGACAGGUACUAUAUUGUUUUCAAUAUUUUAAGAUAAUUGUGCAUAUUAAUAUUACUAAAGACCAAUAUAAAAAGAUUGCUAUGGGGAUUUUUUUUUUUUUUUGCAAGUUAAUAUAAUAUCUAAUUUUUAUUAAAUGUACUAUAUAGUUUCUCAUGCGUUACACUUCACAAAAACCCAAUAUAUGUUGGAUUUGGCAGGGCGGUUUAAAGUAAGUGUUUGUAAUAAUACAUAAUAAAGAUUUUUAGUCAGA